AUGCUCUGGCUUAACGCCAAAGAUGAGGAUUCUCUUAGGCAGAGCUUUGGCAAUGCAGCUAGGAGGAUACUACAAGAACAUCCGUCUGCUCAACGUCUUAGUAGUGUAGAUUUGAAAGGGAGCUUGGGGGAGGUGGUAGAGGCUGUCAAAGGUUGGUUGAGUCUCCCCAAGAACACAAGAUGGCUGGUCGUCUAUGACAACUACGACAAUCCAAAAGUAGCAGGCAACACGGAUGUCGCGACAUUGGAAAUCCGGAAGUACCUGCCUGAAUCACAUCAAGGAUCGGUUAUUAUUACUACGCGGUCGUCUCGGGUCACUAUUGGCCAUCGUAUCCCAGUCCGAAAGCUGGAGAACAUGCAGGAUUGUCUUGAAAUACUAUCGGAUACAUCAAGACGCGAAGGCCUGAUGAGAGAUCCCGACGCAGUCAAGCUUGUAAACGAGUUAGACGGACUCCCUCUUGCACUUGCAACAGCUGGGGCAUAUCUUGAACAAGUGACAACUAGUUUGGCGGAGUAUCUUCGUCUAUAUCAGGAAUCAUGGUUAAAACUGCAAAAGAGAAGUCCGGAGCUCAGCUCAUACGAAGAUCGAACACUCUACUCUACAUGGGACAUCUCCUUCAUGUUCAAGAACAGAACCGACUUUCGGCCCAGCUCCUACAACUGUGGGCGUACUUCGACAAUCAGGACCUCUGGUUCGAACUUCUUUGCCAUGGCGAUUUAG